AUGGGAUUGACUCAAUUAGGAUUAGAUUCUCUUUCUUUAAUGGCUUUGGCACAGGCGUUGAAUCAAAAAUUUGAAAUUAAUGGAAAUAUUGGAAUAACUCCGGCGGAUGUUUUUAUGAUUGGAAGGGCGAGAGAGUUGGUUGAGUUGGUUAGUCAAAAAUUAGAAAAUGAGGAGGAUGGCGAAGAGGAGGACAAGGAAAUGGAAGAAGAGGAAGAUAAUGAGAAGGAUACCAAAGAGGGAGAAGAAAAUGAAGAAGAUGAUACUGAAGAGGAAGAGUUCAAGGAAGACGAAAAUGAUGAGAAGGAUGACAAUGAAGAAAGGAACGAUGAUGAGGAAAAGGAAGAGGAAAGUGACGGAGAUGUUGAUAAAGAUGAAGAGGGAGAGGAGGAUGAACACGAAGAAGAUAAAGAAUAUGGGAAACUCGAAGAAGAACGGAAGUCUGAAGAUUACGAUGAAGAAAACGGAGAUGAAGAAACGCAGAAUGAAAAUGAAGAUAAAGAAGGAAACUUUGAAGAUGAAGACGGAUAUGAAACGGAAGAUGAAGAAGAGGGGGAAGAAAAUGAAGAAAAUUCUGAAAAAAACCUUCCUGUCUCUAAAGAAGACCAAAACUUUAAACUCGCUAGAGAAUGUAUUUUUACUGUAGGAGAAGUUAAAAGGGCACAGAAAACUUUUAAUGAAAAUCCAAAUGUUUGGAUUGAAAUUUUAAAUAAAAACAAUUUUGAAAUUAUUUUUGAAAUUAAAAGAAAGGAUGAAAAAGAAAUAAGACAUUCAAUAAACAUAAAAAAUUUAAAUAAUCAAAAAUUUGAGAGAAAUGUAGAAAUGCUUUUUGGAAUAAUUUAUCAAAGAGAUGAAGUAGAACUGGAGAAAAAUAUGACAUUCACCAUUAAUUUAAACCUUCUCUUCAAUUCAAAAAACAACAAAAUUUUUGACAAAAUAAAUUUAUUAAAAAUACAUUCCAGUGCUAUUUUGCUCCUUUGCCGUGCCCUUUUAUUAAUUAUAAACAAAUUUAAAAUAAAAAUAAUAUUUCAAUUAAUAACAAAUAAAGAGGAUGAUCAACUACCUAUUUUUGCUUACCUCACAACUUUUUUACAAAAUUUUCAAGUUGAAAUGGGAAAUGAGUUUUUUGAGUUGUUUACCACCUCGAAUAUAUCAGAAUGGCAUUUUAAAAAAUUUUUGGAAAAAUUAGAUUUGGGUAUUAAUGAUGAGUGGGUACCUCGAGAUACUUGGCUUAUUACUGGUGGAACUAAAGGGAUUGGAUUGGAGGUGGUAUUUAAAUAUUUUAUUUAAAAAAGUAAAUUUUUUAACGAAAUGUAGCAAAGUAUAACAAAGUAAAAAGCAAGUAAUGUUUCUCAAAAUAGAAUGUGGCAAAGUCGGGAGAUCCAGUUUC